UGCUUCUUGCUGCAGAUGGCGGUGUGGCUGCGGGUUGGAGCCGGGGCUGGGGCGCUGCGGGCGGGGAGCUGGAGCCGCUGCUACCGGGGUCCCGGGGCUGGGGCUGGGGCUGAGGCUGGAGCUGAGGCUGCAGCAGCAUCGGGGGUGCCGGCAGAGCAGCGGAGGCGCUGGGACUUGCGGGCCGGCGUGGAGUCGGUGCAGCGGCACUGGCAGCUGCUGCGGGCCGAGGUGGCGGCGCGGAUCCGCGGCCCCGGCGAGCAGGAACUACGGGCCGAGAGCCGCGUCCUCUGGCACUUCCAGGGGGCACCCAGUCUGCAGGGAUGGGCCGUGUCCAGCGACCGCGACAUCGGCGGCCGCAGCAGCGCCCGGCUCGGGGUGGCCGACAACGGCAGCUCGGCGCUACUGAGCGGCCGCCUGAACACAGAGCCGCCCCGGGACGGGCUGACUCGCUACAGCGGCUACUGCACCUUGCGCUCCUCGCCGCCCCAGGGGCCCUUUGACUUGAAGAGGUUCUACGACUUGUCGAACUUUAACACACUGUACCUCCGCAUCCGCGGCGAUGGACGGCCCUGGAUGGUGAACAUCAGCAGCGGCAUGUACUUCACCCACCACAAGAAGGACCUCUACAACUAUUUCAUGUUCACCAGGGGAGGUCCCUACUGGCAGGAUGUGAAGAUUCCGUUCUCCAAGUUCUUUUUGUCCAGUCAAGGACGUGUCCAAGACAACCAGCAUCCAUUAUGGCUGGAUAAGGUGAGCACCAUUGGAUUCACCCUGGGCGAUAAAGUGAAUGGACCGUUUCAACUGGAAAUUGAUUUAAUUGCAGUGUGCAAUGACCGAGCUCACACUGAGGAGUUUGCCUACGAGAAAUACAAGAGGAACCCUGAGGUGUAAAUAGGGUGCAUCAACGAAAGUGCAGAUGAUUAGCAACAAUCCUUUCUGGUAAACUGACUUUUUGCCGAGUCUAUAAAGCAGUACUCAAAUCUGUACCAUGUCACCUGGCCUUGAAGGAGCAAAAGGUAUUAAGUUAACUUAUAAUUAUAGUAUAUUUUCUAAUCGUUGUCCUACAGAAGAGCCUCAUUUAAAAUGAACUCAAACUUGAUGCUGAAGUGAACUGAUUAAUGUAGCAAUGAGAAUUUAACUUAAAAUUAGCUGUAGGGAUAUCAGGGCUCGAAAUUCACGGUUGCCCGGGUGCCACUGACCACUCAAAGUGCCUCCGGGCAACCUAAACGGCGAGUCAUUUUGCCCGGCUUGGCAACUUGGUUUAUACCGUAGAUCGAAGUGUGGUUUGACGGAGGGUCGGAGCGAAUGACGGGCCCUGGACAGCAGCAGCAGCGGCCCCAGCUACUCCCCCUCCUCCUGCUCCCUGCCCUGCCUGAUAACGGCCACUGCUGUCACUCUGCCAAAGCAAACCCUUGGAGGAGGGAGGUGUCGGUCAGAGGCGGAAGGGGCGGGUGGGAGCUGAGGAUAGAGAGCGGUGAUUGGAGGGAGACGAGCCAAAACACUCUCGGCAGCCCUGCACUGCAGCCAGGACUGAUCCCGGUGUCCGGCGCUGAAAUCGCUGCCGAACCGCCACUGGACCAUCCCCGUCCCCGCCCAAGAUGUCGACACAGCAAUGUCGGGAGUCAGACUGGAGCGGUGCCCCUAGGCCCACAGCCACCGCAGAGAAGCAGCGCUAAACCCAGCUCACUCUGCCUGUCCCUGUCUGGAUUGAGACAGGGCUGUAGGCGAGACGGGCAGAGUUCAGCUACAUUUAGCGCUGGAUUGAGCUGAAUUUACCGUUCACGGGACCUCCGAAUCCUCGCGUGAGUGUGCGCGCGCGCGGCAGCCCAGAUAUUCUGUCCGCCGGUCCACUCUAUUUUGAUAGCGAUUGCCGUGCCUGACAGGGACGGCCAAGACAGCGAUGAUGUCGGUGCUGUCCGAGGAACGCUGGCCUUCCUUCCCACAUCCUUUCUCUCUCUCUCUUGUACGCCCCUCUCCACUCCCCUCAUCAUGAGACACCUCCUCUCCAUCCCGCACUGAUCCCCAUUCCUGCCUCUAUUUAGUCCUCACUGACAUCCUGUGCUCCCCUCCUCAUCUACCCCCCCCCCCCCCUCACAAACCACUCCUGCUCUGAUCUCCCUAUCCACCUCACAUUGAUUAUCCUGCCAUUCCCCAUCAAUCUUACACUAGUUCCCUCAAUUGAUCCUGUACUGACCCCCCCCUUCCCAUCCAUCCUGCACUGCUCCUCCCCUUUAUAGAAACAUUGAAAAUACACCGCCAUUUGAUAUGAUCAUGGCUGAUCAUCCAACUCAGUAUCCCAUCCCUGCCUUCUCUUCAUACCCCCUGAUCCCUUUAGCCACAAGGGCCACAUCUAACUCCCUCUUAAAUAUAGCCAAUGAACUGACCUCAACUACCUUCUGUGGCAGAGAAUUCCACAGAUUCACUACUCUCUGUGUAAAAAAUGAUUUUCUCAUCUCGGUCCCAAAAGACUUCCCUCUUAUCCUUAAACUGUGACCCCUAGGUCUGGACUUCCCCAACAUCGGGAAUAAUCUUCCUGCAUCUAGCCUGUCCAACCCUAGGAAUUUUAGGACUGCAUCCAGCACUGCUCCCCCCAUCCAUCCUGCACAGACCCCCACCCCCAUUCAACCCACUGUCACCCCCUCACAAUUUUACUACCUACUCCAACCACCAUGCACUAAUUCCCCAGCCUCAAUCCAUCCAAUCCACCGAUUGCCUUCUCAAGCCCCCCACCACCACCACCAUCUAUCCUUCCUGCACUGAUUCACACACACACCCACCCUCCCGUGCUGGAAAUGUCUUCAGAGCUAACACCGACUAUGUUUGUUAACAGAAUGCGAUCAAAUAUGUUUUAAUUCCCGAUGUUAUUAUUUGUUUUAAUUCACAAAGAUGGAUUAAUUAAAUUGUGAACACGUGAAACAUUAAAACUGCAGUGUUCGAUUGUCACUGCUACCGUUGACAUGUUAUUACAGAAUUCAUUUUGAUGGCGAAUCAAUGCUCUUAAUAUGGAUUAUCAGUACUGUAGUUAUUUACUGAACAACAUUCACAACUAUAUGUUGGAUUUAUCCAGGUUUUACUUCUAGUCAGUCAUAUACAUCACAAAUCUGGUCAGGAGUGAUUUCAGUUGAAAUUGUAAAGUUAAUUCUGAAGUGGGAAUGAUGGAAAAAGCGUUUAUCAACAAUUUUUUUUUUUUUAAAUUGUUGCUUACAAACUGGGUAUCUUCAUUGCUGUUCACAACACAUACAUGUAAUCUGAAUGUCCGGUAAUGUGGCGUCUUGACACCUUUAAAUAUAUUACCAAAAGAACAUUUGCUGCAUUUAUGUCCUUUGGCCAUCUCUUGUUAGUUAGUGUAAUGUUUAACCUGUCAGAUGGGUAAUGCCUUUAGAAAAUUCUUUGCAACCUGUAUAUUUUGUUGUGGAUAAAUUAUGUGGGAAGCAAGAGUGUUUCUGUAACAAUAGCAAUAAUGACCUAUGCUAUGGCCAUGUCAUGAUAAUUUUCAGUCCUUCACAGAAAACAUGCUUGCAUCAAUCUGUAGUGUGCAUGGUUAAGCAUAUAUGCUAUCAAGGUCCAGGAUUUAUUGACACAGGUUGAUCAUACGAUCAAUAAUCCAACCACAUUUUUGUUUGGAAGUGGAAAGAUAUAAUAAAAAUUGCAUUAAUUGCAAUGUGUAAAAAGA